AUGAAUAGCCACCUGCGGGAGAGCAAUUUCACAAGCAAGCAAAGUGACGUAAAGAAAAAGAGGAAGGAAAAAACAACUGUCCACAUAAAGAACACAUAUAUUUCGCCAUACGUGCUGUAUAACAACAGAAAGGGAAACGACGAAAAUGAUUUUGCGAAGCUGAACAAUCUCUUAACGAAUGAAAAGAAUCGAGUGUAUAUUAAGCACAAAUUGAACUACUUCAAAGAUGGCAUUCACGAGAAAAAAUUUUUAAGAUACGCCUUAAUUAAUCAGCUAAAUUUAAAGUGCUUUGAGAAUAGGGGGAAUGCAUGCGAACUGAAUAGCAUCACCACCAUGAUUCGCAUGAACUCUGAGUUGGGGAGCGACAAGGAGCAGGUCGUGGAUGCGCGAGAGAAAGCAGACUUGGUUGGCAAUAUAAAGCAGCUCACCAUUAUUCGAAGUGAGGACAUAAUUCGGAGCGAGGACAUAAUUCGUGGUGGGGGCAUCAUCCGCAGCGAGGAAUUCAUCAGCAGCAAGGAUGUGCUACGUCCUGGGGAUGUGCUACACCACGGGGAUGUACUACGCCGCGGGGGAGGCACGAACAAUGAAAAGGCCAGUAACAGCGCAGAAAAAAGGGGCGUCCCCUUUAAGACAUGCCCGAGUGGCGAAAAGGAAUGUGAUUGCUUUGGUUAUGGUAACUACUACGGGGAUAGCACGGAUGUGCACAGUUCGCCGUGUUACCAUCCGAACGGCGGGACGUCCUCAAGGGGGCCCAUGACUGUCACUAAGUCGCUAGAAGAAGGGACCAACAAAGCUGACGUUCAUACGAAGAGUAGUAAUCGCCUGAACAAUUGCUGCGCCAAACGUGAUCACACAGACAACAGUACAAAUGAUGUCGUGUACAAAUGUGAAGACUCCAUUCCAUUGGGAACAAUUCUCAACUUUCAUAAUCUUGACAAUAACAACACCAAUAUCCUAACGACGGUGAUGUUGAGAAAUAUUCCCAACAAGUACACACAAAAAAUGCUCAUGAAUGUGAUGAAUGAACACUUUAAAGGACUGUAUGAUUUUUUUUACCUUCCAAUUGAUUUCCGCAAUAAAUGUAACGUUGGCUACGCCUUUAUCAAUUUUAUACAUCCCUAUUAUGCUGAACUGUUCAUACGAUUUUUUAAUAAUUACAAAUUGAAUGCUUUUAAAAGCAACAAAGUGUGCACUGUUACUUGGGGAAGAGUACAAGGGCUGAAAGCUAACAUCGAACAUUACAGGAAUUCUGCCAUCAUGACCAUUCCCAUCCCGCAGUAUAAGCCUAUGCUGUUUCAAAAUGGGAUUUCCGUCUCCUGGCCCGAGUCCGACGGGCCCUUACCCGCCAUUAAACUGCGUUCGCAGAAGUACUGA